ACCCCAUCAAAAAUUAAAGGAAAAAAGAAAUAACUCUUACGUCCUUUUUUCUCGAGACACAUAAAAGGCAAACAGAGCCCUCCAAAUUGAAAUUUAUUUUGUUAACUGGUGAUCGACGGCUCCUUUUCACAUCAUAUUUCAAAUCCUUUCUUUCUUAACCAAGUAGGAUGGGACUGUCUUUCACCAAGCUUUUUAGAAAGCUAUUUGCUAAGAAGGAGAUGCGUAUUCUUAUGGUUGGUCUUGAUGCGGCUGGUAAAACCACUAUUUUGUAUAAGCUUAAGUUGGGAGAAAUUGUCACAACCAUCCCAACUAUUGGUUUCAAUGUGGAGACUGUGGAGUAUAAGAACAUUAGCUUCACCGUGUGGGAUGUUGGUGGUCAGGACAAGAUUCGACCUUUAUGGAGACACUACUUCCAGAAUACACAAGGGCUUAUCUUUGUGGUGGACAGUAAUGACCGAGAUCGUGUUGUUGAGGCUAGAGAUGAGCUGCACAGAAUGUUGAACGAGGAUGAAUUAAGGGAAGCUGUGUUGCUUGUGUUUGCUAACAAACAAGAUCUUCCAAAUGCAAUGAAUGCUGCAGAGAUCACCGAUAAGCUUGGCCUUCAUUCUCUACGACAACGCCACUGGUAUAUCCAGAGCACAUGUGCCACUUCUGGAGAAGGGCUUUAUGAGGGACUGGAAUGGCUCUCGAACAACAUUGCUAACAAGGCUUAAUGGACUGCAGGUGGUGAAUUAUUGAGUGAUUAUCAGUAAAGUUAGGAGUCUAGUGUUGGCUUGGGUUGUAUAUGUUACCGACUUGCUGUUAUUGCAAGUUCUCUUAUUCUUUUGGAAAUUCAUUUUUUUGAGUUUCCGGCAGGAAAGGAGAUAUUUGUUCUUUUGUUGCUCUUUGUAUUUCUUUCUUGUCGACUUUGAUAAACAAUUAUUUUGUUGAAUCUUGAGGAUACAUUACAAAUAAAGUCUUAUUUGUUAUGUACCAUAAAAAACAAAGACUUAAUAAAUUUGCUUAAAGCUAGGCCUUCUCUA